UGCGCAAAACUGAAAUAUUAGGAACAUUUUAGCCCUUGCAUUGGUGACUUGCUGCGACUGCUAUUUAUUUCUUGCCGAAAUCGGAGAUACUGAACAGAAGUAAACUUUGACAAAAUUAGGUGAUCUUGUUAUUUUUACGGCGCAUGGUAUUGAUGUGAUUUGAAUCUAUAUCCAAUUCAAAUUGUAAAAUAAAUUUUAUUGGAAAUUUUGCUGAUCAGUUGGCCAGGUAUGCAUAUGCUUAUCUACCAAGCUGCCUUAACAGCAGUAUUAGGAUCAUUAAUUUUCAACGUUUCCUCAGCAACUGAUAUUGAUCUGGCUGAAGAGAAAUAUGGAGUGAAAUUUGCAACGAGAUGUGAAGCAUGCAAAAUAGUGGCAGCGGAACUUGAGGACCAGCUACAGAAGACUGGCAAGACUCAUGAUGUUAUUCAAACUGGCUAUCACCUUGAUGCAGAUCCCAAAUCAAAGAUUACGACAAAAUAUAGAAAAUCCGAGCUCCGACUUUUGGAGGUUUUAGAAGAUGUGUGUGAAGGUAUCCUCUCGUACAAUGUGCACAAGGAGCGGACAGACAGCACACGCUUUGCCAAGGGCCGCAGUCAGACCUUCCAGACUCUCCACAACCUUGUUGACAAAGGCGUCAAAGUGGACCUUGGAAUCCCACAUGAACUGUGGGAUAAACCCAGUGCAGAAAUAACCGACCUGAAGAACAAGUGUGAUGCGCUGAUAGAGGACUUUGAGGAGGUGAUCACGCAGUGGUACAAUGAGUACCAGGAGGCCAUCCCCCUGUCUACCUUCCUCUGCUCGCGCCACGUGCUAGCAAAGGACGACGACGCGUGCCUCUCGGACCCGCCGGCGGCUCCCGUGCGCGACGAGCUCUGACACGUGGCGCCCGAGAUCGUGGACCCGCCGCCGCCUGGACGCUCAUAUUGACGUGGCAGACCGCUACUGGCCGUGCUGAACUGGUAACUGAGACAAUGGUGGUGCGUUGGGAUCAUGUGGGCUCAGUCGGUAGGCCCAGCUCAGUAUUUAUUUGUUUGAAACCGGUUUUAAAACUGAGCAUGAAAGUUAAGUGUUCAGGUGGAACUGCCAGUGAAGUCGAAAUCAAUUUUAAUGCCUGACGAGUCGUUAGUUCCGUAUUCCCAAUAGAUUGAUUUCAUUUGAGUGAUUCUUCCGUACGUGAUUGAGAUCAGAGAUGUGUCGCAAGUUGAAUCAUUUUACCAGUAGGUACCAAUUCGUCAUUUUUUACACAUCAUCUGUAUAUUAAAUGUGUAUCUACGCUUACAUCAUUUAGUGUUUUGUGCGUCUGUAUGCUUAUGAGCUUGAUCUCUUGCUGGUGUAUCAAUAUACAAGGUACAUGACAUUUUA